AUGGAAGCGUCAUUUAAUCUCAGAUUUGAUAGUUUUUUAUCACUUCAAUUGGCAGGUGAACUUGACGCUAAUAUUUACACGGCUAUUUCUCGCCAAACAGCUUUCUCUCAUAUAGAACGAUUAUACGAUGAAGCAGUUUUGAAAUUGAAAGACGAUGAAGAACAAGCAUAUCAGCUAUUUUCUCGAAUGGGUAAUAUUGCGAAAUUGAUUAUUCGCAAAAAUGAUUUUAUACAUUUUAAAAAUACUCCUAAUGGCCGACGAUUUUAUGAUCUUUUCAAAAUCUGCAUAUCGCAUAUGAAGAAUUUAGAAGAAAGUUUAGAAAGAAGAUAUGGGGUAUUAAAGAUUGCUGAAGAAGAUUGUAUGGAAAAUGCAAAGGAGAAUUUGGCAGAAUUUGAAACGAAUAAAAAAGAUUCUGGUUCGGCGAAUGACUCAACAUCCGAUUUUGUUUCAAAACUGCUUAUUGCACCUCGUGAAUUGAUUCGUUUUGUCGAGGAAAAGCAUCAAGUAUUAGUGAUCGAUUAUAGGGAAGAUCAGUCAACUAUGCUCAAAUAUGAUAAAUGUGAUCGUAUUCUAGUUGCGCAUGUUCCAGCUAAUGCUAUAGUUCCUGGUUGCAUAGGUUCAUCAUUAAUUAAAUCAGUGGCGAUUGGUGAACGAGCCUUGCUGCAACGGAUGUCCGACGUUGAUUUAGUGGUGUUGAUGGGUUGUGGUAGUGCAGAUCUAAGAGAUGAUAACAUUCCAGCUGGUUCUAAAGAGCAAAUUUUGUAUAAUGCACUUUUGACGUACAACAAUAUAUUUUGUCUGCGGCGCCCACCCGUUUUUCUCCAAGGUGGUUUUGAGAAUUGGAGACUAUAUUAUCCAAUGUAUGCUUCAAGUAAAGUGGGCAUAAGGAAACGCUCUUUGGAUAUUAAUGAUCAGAGUGAAUUUGCAAGAGCCGUUGCUCAAUACAAAAAAGAUAUCGGAGUACAAUCCCUACAGUAUCCCGAUUUGCUGCUCAGUGUUAAGAGGAAAUUGGUGCAGCAACCACACGAUGGCUUGUCAGCAGCUCCAAGAAAUAUACCGUCGCAGCGACCGAAGUUAUCCAGUACCUUAUCAUCAGAAAAUGAAUUCAAUUUACCUGCUGUUAAGAACGUGAAUAUUUCGCUUCUGGAUUCUAAGGAAAAUCAAUCUAAGAAAAUAAUGCCUGUUGCCUUAAAAGUUUUAGAAAGUGUAAGCGGUCAGCAAGAGACAAAAAUUUUGCAUUCUCAGCAUGAUUCAUGUUGCGAUACUGGCAGUACAUGCGCUGUUGAUUUAAGUGUUCUGAGUAAUGUUCACACUGAUUAUGUGCCUUUGGAUAAAAAUAGUGUCAUCGCAAAGUUAAACAGCACAGGCGCUGAAAAUUCAUCGUCUGAUGUUCAGGAAAAACCUACUGAUUUCACAUCACCUGAACAAGCAGUUCCUCAGAACAGUCCACAAGUAGUUGCUGGUGCGAAAAUUGACGAAAAUUUUUCUCCGAAAUCAGUGAAAGAAAGGCCUAUAGUGCCGGAUCGCAGCUUUAAACCAUCGGUUAUGCCUAGUGAUUAUCCCAAAUGCCUGUUUGUACUGUACGAUUCAAUGAUUGAUUUAAUUAAACUCGAAUCUAUUCGUGGAUCUGUUACCCUACCUGGUUUCACUGGUUUGAUCAAUCUCGGUAAUACAUGUUUCAUGAAUGCAACACUGCAAGCACUUUUUAAUACUUCUGCCUUGCGUGAUAUUUUUACAAAAGAACAUUUCGUCAGUUAUGUGAAUAGGAGUAAUGAAAUGGGCACGUACGGAGUGAUUUCAGCUGCAUUUUCAGCACUUUUGGACUCGGUUUGGAGUGGUUUAUUCGCUGCUAUUACACCGCAACAGUUUUUGGAAUCAUUUGCAAAUGAAGUUAAUUCUGCACUAGCAAAUCGUGAACAGCAUGAUCCGCAAGAAUUUCUAAUAUAUUUAUUGGAUGCUUUACAUGAAGACACGAAUAGGGUCAAGAAGCGUAUUUCAUUUGAACAGAAUUAUGAUGGUUCAAAUUUGAUAGCAGAAGCGGCUGAUUAUGCUAAAAAAUCUAAGCAGUUCUGGAGUUCACCGGUCACAGAUAUAUUUGGAUGUCGUACAGUCUCACAUCUCAUCUGUAAUACUUGCCAGAUGCAAAGUGUGACUUUUGAAGAAAUGACUCAGUUGUCGUUGGAAAUCCCGAAAAAGAGGGGAGCAACUAUCCUUCAGUGUAUCGAAAUGCAUUUUGAUCCAGUAAUUCUUAGUGGUUCAUGCAAAUGGCUUUGUCCUCGAUGUGAGAGGCUGCGUGUUGCAACUCGAUCAAGUAAGAUCUGGAAAAUGCCUAAAAUUUUGAUAAUUCAACUAAAGCGAUUUACUUUUGUUGAUGAUCAGUGGGAAAAAGACAAUACAUUAAUUCGAUUUGAUACAACGCCUCUGGAUAUAAGUUCUUUGUUACAUCCGUCUCUUAAAGAGCUUUCGAGGUCUGAAAGUGGCUACUAUGGUUUAUAUGCAGUGACAAACCACGCUGGACGUUUACAUCAUGGUCAUUGUACUACUAUUGCACAAAAUAAUUGCACAAUGGAUUGGCUAUUGUUUGAUGAUGAACAUGUAUCUCGUUUGAGUUUUGAAUCAGUUUGCUCAAAAGAUGCUUAUAUUUUAUAUUAUAAAAAAGUAGACUUGUAA